UCUUUCGGUUAUCCCUCAGUUGAUCCUUAUCCAGAAAACUCUAACACGUGCGAGGUGUGCGGGGCCAGAGGGCUGCUGCUGUGCUGCGACACUUGUCCCAGGUCCUUUCACAAAGACUGUCACAUCCCCCUUGAGGACACGGAGAGGGACCCGUGGAGCUGCACCUUCUGCGAGGUGAAUGAGUCCUCGGGAAGCCAGCCGCGUCGGGGGGAGGCCGAGGUCCUGGCAAGGCCGAUGCAGCCCGAGGAGCAGUUGAAAUGUGCCUUGCUCCUCAUGAAGGUCUAUGGCCAUUCCGAAAGCUCCUUUUUUAAGAGGAUUCCACAUUAUUAUUAUAUUAAGGAAGUUUCUCAAAAACUGAAGGAACCCAUGUGGUUGGACAAAAUCAAGAAGAAGCUAAAUAAGCAGGGAUACUCCCGAGUGCAGGAGUUUGUGCAGGACAUGCGCCUCAUUUUCCAAAACCACAAAGUAUCUUACAAGAGCGUUAACUUUGGCCUAAGGGGACUUAAACUGGAGGCAGAAUUUGAGAAGAAUUUCAAGGAAGUGUUUGCUAUUCAAGAAACAACUGAGGACAGCCCCCCAGGGGAGUGACCGCCCUGGAUGCCCUCAGAAAUCUCUGGACAGAUCUCAGAAUGGUCCUUCAAAAUCAACAAAAAACUACGAACCAGAGACACUUUUA